GGCAAUAAAUCCAACAAUUAGGCUUCGUGGGAAUUUUCACGGGAAAGUGUAAAGUGUAUUGCAAAUAGAAGAUAAAGUGUAUUUCCUCUUAGCUCAAUAAGUGCCUAUAAAAAGACGACUGCAGGUGAAUUGAUUUCUUCAGAUAAGCAAAGUGUCUCUUGAGGUUGAGAUCUUUGAGGUGCGGGAGUAGAUGUGAAAGAUGUGGAAUAAAUCCGUUCUUGUGCUGGGAUUACUGAUAAGUGUGUGCCAGUGCUGGGACAGAGUGCACCACAAUCGUGUCGAUUUUUCCCCAAUGUAUGUGGGUGAAUGUGGGCAGAUUUAUGUGAUGGACAAAGUUGUAAUUGAAUCCCCAGGCUAUCCCAAACAAUAUCAUCCCAAUAUUCACUGUGAAUAUGUUCUGUGGUCGCCAUGCCCAACAAAUUUUCACGUUCAAUUCCACGAAUUUGACCUGGAGGCCUCACAUCUCUGUCACAAGGAUCAAUUGAGGGUAUCACGGGAUGGUGAAGAUAUUCAUCUCUGUGGUCGUGUUGCCGGUGUUACAUCCUACGGAUCCCAAGGAGGUGUGAUUAAAUUGAAUUUUAUCACUGACAAUACGAUAGAAUACAUGGGUUUUCGUCUCUUAAUCACCCGUGAUGCCUGCCAUAGUGGGAGUGUCAAUGACACCUAUGGCACAGGUAAUUUUGCCACAAUAUCAGGACCACAUGUCGGAUGGAAUUCCUUGAGAAGUGGCCAAGGUGAGAGAGCCAUCACCAUUCAAUAUCAGGACAAUGUGACAAAUCCACCUGCCUUUAAGUUGUUCGUUAAUACUGAUUGGAAUCAGGAAAUUGAUCCAGAGAGGGUGGAGCAUCACAAUGGUGGAUUUGGUGAUGCACCACAGAGAAAUUGCAAUUCUGAGAAGAAGAAUACCUGGACUUUCCCAUCAAACACAGUUGGAUCCAUUUCAGAUGGUACUAGCCAUUUAGUGGGAAAUACCUCUGACCCAGCACUUCGUCAGGGUGAUUCAUCUCAUCUCCCACAGCAAUUCCCUCAACUAUUUCCGCCACCUCAGCCAUUUCCCCAGCCCUAUCCAUCAUUUGUCCCAUUUCCACCAACAUGCUGUCGCAGUCCCCUCAAUCGACCUCGAUUCCUCAUUUCAUCGCCCAAUUUUCCGCAGAAGAACAUCAACAACUUGGACUGUGUCUAUGUUGUCGAGAGACUCGUGACAUCGUGUCGCUUGAGAAUCAUCUUCAGGUAUUUCCUGAUACCGGAUGUGGAUCAGAAUUUCUGUGUAAACUCAUUUGUGGAGAUUGACGGCAGGAGAUUCUGUGGCUGUCGCUCGGGUGUACUCUAUCUUAGUCAGUGGGGUCUCGAAAAUAGGAAAACCAUCCGGUUCAGGCACACCCAAAUCCCCGUACCAACAUCAAUUGUCCAGGGAUUUGUGAUGGAGGUAAUUCAGGAAGAAUGUCCCUAUCGACUACUCCGGAGUCUUCCCACAGGAAAAAAUGACACUCAACCCAGGGAAAAGCUAGACUUUAGACCUAUUGGAAAUACAACUUAUACCAAUUUCCACAGUGAUGGGAGUGAAAGUUUUCCAAGUCGUGGUGAUGAGGGAAAGAACGACAAUGAGGAUUACGAGCCUUCUAUGAAAUUCUUCUUCCCCAAUACCAUCAACCGAUGCUACUUUGGAUGGCUUCAGUGGUUUCAACUCACUGUUAAUCCACUCUGGAUCACACGACCCCAAUGUAGACUUUGAUGAAGAAAUGGUUAAUUAGUUUUUAAAGAUGUGGGCAGGAAAUAGCGUCGCAUCUCUCUUGGGGUUCAUUUAAUUCAAAUAGGAGAGCAAUAGUUUGUUCAAAAAAUGCACAAUAAUUUUGGAUUAUUAUAAAUCACCCUGAUAUAUGUGAAUUUUGAAUAGUUUUCAGAAUACAAAACCAAAAAAAAACAGUAAAUAAUAUUGACUUUCAGUCUUAAAAAAACAAAUACAGUACGACUCCGAUAGAGUCAACACAUUUGAUUCUUAUAUAUUUGCAAUAUUUUAAGUUAUUAAUUGAUGAAGUUACUAUUACACUCGUUAAAAAUUGUCUCAGGUUCUUACUUAACAAAAGUAGUUUAAAAGUUUCGCGAUGCUCAAAAUUUUGAAGAGUUGACUCUAUCGGAGUCGUACUGUAUUGAUUAACCCUUUAACGACGAGAUACUUUUUACGGACAGAAAAUCAACAAUAAAAAUUUAACC